AUGGUGGACAUGAAAGAAGGGAAAGGAGCCAAGAAGAAACCGACUUUGCAAGAAUUGAGAACAAAGCUCAAUAAUCUGAGUUUGCAUCUGUUGUUUUGAUUGCAGUGGCUGAUUGGGGACAGAGACAGUCACUGCGGGGUCAUCUGCCCGCGGACGCAGGGGAAGCCAGUGUGCGGCUCGGACGGCCGGAGCUAUGAGACCGGCUGUGAACUGCAGAGGGCGCGCUGCAAAGACAAAACCCUGACACUGGCACACCGCGGCCGGUGUCGAGGUAAAAACUGGGUGAAAAUCGAUCAGCUGCCGGUGGCUCCAGCACCAACAUCCACAUCUGAGGCCAGAGACCUGGAGCUCAAAGAUGCAGGUCAGUCCAAGUGUCGCGUUGAGAGGAACCAGGCCCUGGAGCAAGGCAGGAGACCUCAGGACACCAUGUUUAUCCCAGAAUGCAACGAGGAUGGAACAUUUGCACAGGUCCAGUGCCAUACUUUGACAGGUUACUGCUGGUGUGUCACCAGUGACGGCAAGCCAGUGAGUGGCUCCUCUGUGCACAACAGGACCCCGGUGUGUUCAGGAAACUUCCGUGAAUUUUUGGAAACUCAUGCUGGGACAAGUGGAUUGUCAGGGUCAGUAACCGAUAGACCGCCUGGGCCACCGAACUCUGGUCGAAAAGUCUCUUUCCGUUUCUUUCUCACCCUCAACCCAGACGAUGGCUCCAAGCCCACACCCACCAUGGAGACUCACGUCCCCCCUGAGGGCGAUGAGAUAACUGCUCCAACACUGUGGAUUAAACACGUUUAUAAGGAGAAUAAGCAGAACACCUCCGCUUCCAGGAAGCAAGAGAAAGUUCCCUCUUGUGACCAGGAGCGACAGAGCGCACUGGACGAGGCUCGGCAGAAUCCUCGCGAGGCCAUUUUCAUCCCUGACUGUGGGCCUGGAGGCCUUUACAAACCAGUCCAGUGCCACCAGUCCACAGGCUACUGCUGGUGUGUUCUGGUGGACACGGGACGACCCAUUCCUGGAACAUCCACCAGGUACCAGACGCCGGAGUGUGACGGCACCGCACGAUCUCACGUCCCAGAUACUGAAGAUCCUUUCCAAGGCAGAGAACUGACAGGCUGCCCAGAGGGGAAGAAAGUGGAAUUCAUUACAAGCUUGUUAGAUGCCCUCACCACAGACAUGGUGCAAGCCAUAAACUCACCAGCCCCCUCUGGUGGUGGGAGGUUUGUUGAACCUGAUCCCAGUCACACUUUAGAGGAGAGGGUGGUGCACUGGUACUUCGCCCAGCUGGAUAACAACGGCAGCCACGACAUCAACAAGAAGGAACUCAAGCCGUUUAAGAAGUACCUGAAGAAGAAAGCCAAACCCAAGAAAUGUGCCCGCAAGUUCACCGACUACUGUGACCUGAAUAAGGACAGGGCCAUUUCCCUGCAGGAGCUGAAAGGCUGCCUGGGAGUCAGCAAGGAGGGUAGCUCAACGACAGUUGGCCACCAAGGGACAAGGCAAGGGACAAAGUUGUUCA